AUGUCAUCCUCCUCUCCCACAGAAGCACCCCUCAUUCAGCUUGGCAACUCCUACAGAGGUGCUGGUAAACGCGAGUCAUCGUCCAGCGAUGCCAAACAGCAGCAUAGGCACGCCAUCAAGCAAGUCGCUGCGGGAGAGCAAAAGCUGGAUGGCUGGAGCGUUGCCAUAGAUGUGGUGGCCAGCGGACUGUGUGGCACCGACUUGCACUACCUCGGCCACGAUAUUGGUCUGGGUCACGAGGGUGUGGGCGUUGUGUCUGCCUUGGGAUCCGCCCUGCUGCAAGACGAUGGCGCGGAAGCCAAAAAGCUCGGCUUGAAGGUGGGAAGCAGAGUUGGCUGGGGCUACGUGCAAGGCGCAUGCUUGGCCUGCUUGCCGUGUGUUCAGGGAGUCGACACAAUGUGAGCGCAUUGCUUGCAUCGCCGUAUCGCAAGCUUAGAUGACCAGUCCUUGACUGCGCCCCACUUGGCAUGCUCAACCUUACCACACCUCUUUUUGUUUCAAAUCUACAGGUGCCGGACUCGCAAACUCUAUGGCGUUGCCAACAAGCAUCAGGGCAGCAUCGGUGACGCCUACGUCGUCGACGCCCGCUUCGUACACCUCAUCCCUGACGCGCUGCCUCUCGUGUAUGCCGCCCCUCUGCAAUGUGCUGGCGCGACAGUCUUUGGUGUGAGUGCAUUGCUCACAUAAGCAUCGCAAAUCCUUCUCACACGCAUGCGUUGUGCACCACAUCUGCAGGCCAUACAUGCCUGUGCGGAUCUAAAGCCGUGGCACCGCAUAGGAGUGCUAGCUAUAGGCGGCUUGGGCCACUUGGCAAUUCAGUACCUGUCCAAGAUGGGUUGUCACGUGGUCGUCUUCUCCACCUCGGACUCCAAACGGGAGGAGGCGUUUAAGCUCGGAGCGUCCGAAUUUGUGGCUACCGGAAGAGACAACAAGGAACUCAAGUCUGCGAUUAAAAGCGCAGAUUGGAAAGGUAGUGUGGACUACCUCUUUGUCGCUAGCAGCGUCCAACCGGACUGGUGAGCGCAGGAUGGGCUUUUGCUCAUAACGCAUUGUGGCCUUACAGAAGCUCUGCCUGCACAGGGAUACGUAUCUACACCCUCGCAUUCUCUCUUCGCGAGCCACAGUCAUCCCGCUGAGCGUCAGCGCAGAUGCUCUCCACAUCAAAGGAUACCAGCAGCUGAUUUCCAAAGAAAUUCGUAUUCAAGGCUCCAUGGUUGCCAGUCGGGCCGUGCAUCGAAUCAUGCUCGACUUCAGCGCCCGAACGCGCUCGUGGCCGUGGAUCGAGCUGCUGCCCAUGUCGCCUGAAGGUGUAGAAGAAGCGGUUAAUCGGCGUGAGUAAACCAUAGACGUGCGGUCUCCGAUUUCGCUCGUAACUUACAUAUACUGAAAUGGUGCAACAUCUCUGUGUCUCGCAGUCGACGCUGGACAGGUCCGGUAUCGCUUCGUCCUGCAACAUCCGACACACAAGGACCCGCUCUUUCCGGACCAUGUUCCUGGGCCCGCCUUGCAGAAUAAAAUCUGA